GAAACUUCCUCGUGAUCUCACUCCACCGAACGAACCAUUCAGAAAACUGCAGCGGGUGUUUAGUUUCAAAACUGAUAUUCAAGAAACCCUCCAAUGGCAAAUGGAGAACUCUACGGGGAAGCGACAGGCGAGGGAAGUAGUUCUCUUCAUCCACGAACCAACUCCUGCGCCAACUUAUUGGAAGUUUUCUUAAAAUAACCUUACGCACCUUCGGAGCAAAUCUUAAGAACAUAGCAGGAGCAGGCCAAACUCAAGGCUCAAACUCAGGGCAACGUUAACGUCAACUUAAGAACAUGUCACCGCUUACUGGCCACUUAAAAAAAUGCAUACUCGUGUGUAGAACAUGCUCUUAUCAAACGCCUCUACAGAAUGCUACUUCUCUGUGGUGGGUGGCGGUGAGGUGAUGUAAGGGGAAGCUGCGGUCAGCCUACUCUGGAGUGGCGGCUCGUUGCACCCUGCAAGAGGGGUGGGAGAGAUGAUGGUGGUACAGGAGAGAGCGGUGCUCCAACCUUAUUGCUAUGGGAUUUGGGUAGUCCAACAGAACUACCCGCCACAGAAAACAUGCGAGCAUCCCUCAGUAGGCUUCAUUGGGAUGCGCCCUGUACCACGGUAGCCAGCAGGAUUAUCGGCGAAGUUACCCCGUGUACUACUUCUCCCCUCUUUCGAAAAGAGAGGGCGAAUACCCCGUUGCGACACACACGUCAGAGAUCAGGGUGUAUUUCGUUCACUCGGCGUUUCAGUAGAGAUACCGCUAUCAUUGUCUGGUUACUUACACACACAGCGGCGAAAGCACCGAAGAACUCACUUGUGCUACGUUAUAUUCCAGAUACUGCGAAGCACAAUACAGGCAAGCGGUGCUCGGACGACUUCGACUGCGAGCAAGUCUUGGGCCAAGUGUGCAACAUCGAGAAGCAAGGCUCGACAGGAACCUGUCAGUGCCCCGACAGCACACCUGUUCGUGUAGUGGAGCACGGCCAGCCAAGAUGUGUCUCUGCUCGCCUGAUCUUUGAAGACUGCGCGGACACCGCCGAAUGUGCGUUCCUCAACCCUUAUGUGGAAUGUGUGAACCAGAUCUGCACCUGCUCUCCACCGAACGUUAUGAAAAGGAAGGACCUGUGCAUCCCAGAUUCAGCAUCCAAUACUACUUCCCAGACGGCCAACGUGUUUGCCAUGCUUCUCAUGAGCAUCGGAGCUAUCGCAGGCUUUGCAGCUCUUGUGGCCAGGAUCAUAAUUGUCAGAGAAGGCCGACACCAAGAUAGCGACGAAGGACCACAUGGUCGUUAUCGAUGGCGACAUCAGGCGGAUGAUCCUCCGAUGGUCCUGUUAAGCAAAGGCAUCAAGCGCAUUUUCAAUGACUGCAAAGAUAAGAUACAAGAUAUGGUACUUCGGAAGCCCGUGCUCUCUCCGCAGAUGCAAAGUCUAAUCGAAAUCCGGCCUACCAGGCCUACCAGAACCUCCCAUGAGAGCACGGUUGUGGUUGAUGUCCACGUGCCAUACGAACCGUUGGACUUUGAGGACAUGGCUUCGUUGGAAUCUCACCUUGACAUCACACAGGUCGAAGAUUACUAA